CUGGACGCUUCAAAAAGGUAACUAAGCAACGUCAGAAGUACCUAAUUAAUAUUCAUGCGCCGAGUCCUUCCAGAGUAUGGUUGGUCAUCUUGGCUGCAGCGGAGCUCCAGUUGCGGGAUUUCCAUCCAUCUUUCAGAAAGAGUUUGACGGGUCAGGUCGCGACUGUAUCCUGCCUUUAUAGCCAUAACAAGGCGUGUUCUGUAACGGACUCUAAUCUACAUCAACAGCAGCGCGUUAUUCUUUUACUUUCUGUCGCAUUUCUAAUCCCGUUGUAACUUGUAGCCGCGGGACACAGGAAGUUGAAGAACCACAAUGGGGCCAAAAACUGAAGAGUAGUGUAUGUGACCUGAGCUCAGCAGAACCGACUCUGAUGGCAGAAAAUGUCCCGUCUGGUCUGUUGGAGGCGUGUGUGGUGCUCGGAGUCUCCAACGAACGUCUGAAAGAACUAGUCCUGCUGCAGGGUGAAGUCAAGGAGCCUCUGGUGGAGGCGGAGGUGCUGCAGGUUCACGCUCCACCAUUUGUGACAAAAGAGAGCUCCAGGAACGGCACUCAACACUUCAGCAGAGCCCAGCGGAGACGCUCCUUUAAGAAGAAGAGAGACCAACCGGUUCCCACCAUCAGCACUUCUGGCCAAACCAACGAGCCAGUGGUGGCCGCGUCAGACGACCUCAGCGUACCUCAGAACAUUGAUCUGAUAGCCCUGCCACAGCUCUGCUUCCCAGAUGGGUUGGGAAUAACCAGUGAGAGCAGAGAAGACAGCUAUCACUUCCUGGUGUUCACAGAUGUGUUUGGGAACCAGACUCAUGGUGUGGUGGCUCAGUACUGCAGACCUGUUCAUUGUGUUACAGAUAAUGGGAUUUAUCAAAACGGCCUUCGGCUGAACAAACUCCAGCGUCUGUUCACCACAUACAGCAUCUGUAUCAUCUCCAAAUAUCCAUAUUAUAACGCCCUCAGAGACUGUCUGUCCAGUUUCUUGCUCCAGCUGAAGACGUCCCGCAUGUGUGAGUUUGAAGAGCAGGUGAAGGAGUUUUCUGCCAAACUGGCGCUGGUGCCCAUCCCGCCUCCUGGACCGCUGCAUGUGGUGUUCAAUCUCAGACCCUUUCAGAUUGAACUUCCUUCCAGACUGGAUGUGGAUCGGCCCGUCAUGGACCUUGAUCUUCACCUGCCUUUUCUGUGUUUCAAACCCAAACAGAUCCUGCAGAUCAUCAGCAGUAUCCUGAUGGAGCAGAGGGUGGUGUUUCUGUCCACAGACUGGGCCAGACUCACACUAUUCGCUGAAUGCUUCAUGAUCUUCAUUCACCCGCUGUGCUGGCAGCAUCCGUUCGUACCUGUCCUAUCUCGCCAGAUGCUGGACUUCAUCAUGGCCCCCACGGCCUUCCUGAUGGGCUGCCACACGUCCCACUUCAAGGAGGUCGCAGAGGAGUUGGAUGAUCUGGUUGUUAUAGAUCUUGACCAAGGAACCGUGUUGUCUUCGAGUUCAAACAGACUUGAGCUUCCAGAUGUGCCACUGACAGCCAGAGAUUGUUUUAUAUUUCGAGCUGAAGGACUUCAGCUUCACUAUGAUCUGGAUGUGUGUUGUGCUGGAAGCUGCACUGACAUCAAUGAGCUGCGCGCUCACAGGAGACAGUGGCAGCACAAAGUCAACACCGUCAUCCUCAACAUCACCAUGGAGCUCAUCGUCAACAUCUUCAGUGAAGUUUGUGACUUUCUGAACUAUGAGCAUCGAGUUUUCAACAGCGAGGAGUUCCUCAGGUCCAGAGAGGCGACCGAUCACAAGUUCUACAAGAAGGUGUUAGACACUCAUAUAUUCCACUCAUUUCUACGGGACCGUUUGAACAGAAAGAAUGAUGCUUUCACUCGCAUGCAGUUGAACAUCCGCUCAGAGACUCGCAGGAUGAGAGCCUUGACAGAGUCUCCUCACAGACCCAUGAUGGAGGGGAUCUGCAAGUACGUCAGACCAGAGAACGGCCUGAACAGCAGGCUGGGGGUGAGUAUGCCAAACCUGGCCGACCACCGACUGCUCGCCGUCCCGGUUCAACAGACGUCCAUGAGGACCAUGCCUUUCCACAGCGGUACCUGGAGUCCCUCAAGGCCAAUCAAAACCUUUAAACUCCCAGAAUUCCCUCCUCCGCUCGCCUACCAAUACGUUCAGAGUUACUACAAUGAUCUCAUCAAAGAGUUGAGCAAAGCCAUCUCCACAGCAACCCCAGAUGACUCCGCCCUCCUGGCCCGUUAUUAUUACCUGCGAGGACUGGUGAACUCUGUUGCUGGGAAGCGCGUGGAUGCCCUCGGAGACUUCCAGAGCUUGUAUAAGACAGACAUGGACAUAUUUCCUGCCAAGCUACUGAAUGUGCUGGUCGAGUCUCUGUCGGUGGAGGAGAGGAGGAUGGCCGAGCGACGCCCCGAUUUGAACCGUCUAAUCAGCCGGGUGAAAAGAGAGAAUGAACGAGAGCGGGCGCGACCAAUAGAUGAUGGGACGGUGAAGAGAUUCGAACUGCCCAAGAAACACUUGCACAUGGAGGACUUUGUGCAGCGUGUUCAGGAGUCUGGCAUCGUGAAGGAUCAGGGCACCAUCCAGCGGCUGUUUGAGGCUCUUACUGUGGGUGUGGAUUCCACUUCGCAGUCUGUGUUUUACCUUGAGCUGGAGGGUCAGCAGAAGCAGGUGGAUCCAGAGACCUUCUGCUUCUUCUACAACUUCUGGAAGGAGACCGAAGCGGCGGCUCAAGACGUGGAUCUGCCGGUCGUCGUGCUGGAGCACCUGGUGAAGGACGAAUGUGUCUACAAGCUCUCGUCUUCAGUGAAGACCAGCCACGGCGUGGGGAAGAUCGCCAUGACCCAGCGCAGGCUCUUCCUGCUGACGGAGGGCCGGCCGGGAUACGUGGAGAUCACCAAGUUCAGAGAUAUUGAGGACGUGAAGAUAUCAUCCACUCCUUUCCUUCUGCUGAGGAUCCCGACGCUGAAGAUCACAACCUCCCUCAGGAAGGAGACGUUCGAGGCCAAUCUGAAGUCGGAGUGUGACCUUUGGCACCUGAUGAUCAAAGAGAUGUGGGCCGGGAGGAAGAUGGCAGACGAACAUAAGGACCCUCAGUUCAUUGAGCAGGCCUUGACUAACGCUCUGCUGAUGGACGCUGUGGUCGGCUGCCUGCAGUCACAGAAAGCCAUCUUCGCUGCUACCAAACUGGCCUACUUCGACAAGAAGAAGCUCGAGGUGCCCAUGAUGGUCCCUAAAACAACAUCUGAGACCCUGAAACACAAGAUCAACCCGUCUCUGGACCAGACGUCUCCUCAGGCCGUGGACGUCCUGCUCUACACACCUGGUCAACUGAGCGUUUCGUCGCUGGACGGCGGAGGAAACCCAAAGCUUUGGUGUGCUUUGAGCAACGGGAAGGUGCUGGUGUUCGAUGCGGCCAGCUGGUCCAUGCAGAAGAACUCUGUACAAGUGGGAAAGUCCCGUCUGACCUGCAUGCUGGCAGUGAACCAACAGCAGCUGUGGAUCGGCUCAAGGGAUUCGUUCAUUUACAUCAUAAACCCACGGAGCGUUUCCUGCAAUAAACAACUGACGGAGCAUCGCUGUGAGGUCACCGGACUCGCCCUGGAGGAGAGAACUGACAAAUUCAGUCAGACGUUGGCGUACUCGUGCAGUGAAGAUGGCAGUGUGAUCGUGUGGGACGUGUCGACGCUGCAGGUCAGACGGCAGUUCAGAGUCUCCUGUGACAGACUGCAGAGCGUCCAGAUCCACACCGGCAUGCUGUGGUGCUGUGGUCGUGAUUGUGUGCUGGAAGUGCGCAGGAACGGCACGGUUCAUCGUAAGGUGUCUCUUCCAGAUCACCCGCUGAGCUCACCGAGGGGGUUCAGCUGUUUCCUGCUCUUUAACGAGUCGGAGCAGCUGUGGACAGGUUUGGCAGACGCAGGGGAGCUGUGUGUGUGGCACUGCAGAGACCUGAACAAACCCUUCAUCAGGAUCCAGCUCAAAGACUGCGCCGGCGUCGUCUGCAUGAUCAGAGUCAAGAACCAGAUCUGGGUGGGCUGCCAGGGGAAAACCCGCGGGAAGAUCUACGUGGUGAACACGGAGCGAUACACGGUGGAGAAGGAGCUGAUGGCACACGACGACAGCGUUCAGACUCUGUGCUCGGCUGAAGAUCGCUACGUGCUCAGCGGAGCCGCACGGGCCGACGGAAAAAUCGGCAUCUGGAAGGUUGAGUAGAAACAAACCGGAACAUGUGAUCCGUUUCAGCCUCACCGAACACAUUUUCUCAAUCAGAUAUGAACUAUUAUAGACAAAACAAGCUUAUUU